AUGAACGUGAGCGGGGUGUGGAUGGGGCCGUUCGGAGAGCGGGUGGUGCGCUGGGACAGGCAGCGGGGCUCAACCCGGUCAGAGAUGUGCCCACCCGGGCCGCCGUCCGAGGGCCUUUGGGUCGGGGCCCUUCUCUACUGCAGCCAAACCCGGGUCCUCGCCUCUCCCACCCCCACCGCGCACGGCUCUAACCCCAGCCCCCUGUGCUUUGUCUCGGUGCUUCUAGGCCUGGGGGAGGAGCCACGCAGCCCGCGGACACUGAGGCUGCUCCUGGUGGGCAAAACGGGCAGCGGGAAAAGCGCCACCGGAAACAGCAUCCUGGGCCGGAGAGAGUUCGAGUCUAAACUCAGCACUCGACCGGUGACCCUGACCCUCCAGCGGGGCAGCCGCGGCUGGGCCGGGCGGGAGCUCGAGGUGAUCGACACCCCCGACAUCCUGUCCCCGCGGGCCGGGCCGGAGGCGGCGACAAGGGCCAUCUGCGAGGCGGUGGCCUUCUCGGCGCCCGGGCCGCACGCCCUGCUGCUGGUGACGCAGCUGGGCCGCUUCACCGACGAGGACCGGCGGGUCGUGCGGCGCCUGCAGGAGGCCUUCGGGGUGGGCGUCCUGGCGCACACGGUGCUGGUGUUCACGCGCAAGGAGGACCUGGAGGGCGGCUCCCUGGAGGAGUACGUGCGGGCCACCGACAACCAGCACCUGGCCCAGCUGGACGCGCUGUGCGCGCGGCGCCACUGUGCCUUCGACAACGCGGCGGCCGGCGCCCGGCAGGAGGCGCAGGUGCGGGAGCUGCUGCAGAUGGUGGACGGCGUCCUGUGGGAAAACGAGGGCCGCUCCUACAGGUACCCGGCCUACCGGGACCCCCGGCAGCGCAGCCUGCUGCGGGCCGCGCGGGAGACGCCGAUCAGCCGCGGGCAGGGCUCCGAGGGGGCGCCCCUCCAGGAGCCCCUGCUGGAGGGACUGUGCCAGUUCCAGAAGGAAUUCGAGAAGGCUCACAGACAUCUGCUCAAGAGCGCGCCCAUCUGA